AUAUAUAAACACACAAAGUCUCUUCAUAACAUCCUCUCAUACCCUUUCCAUCUAUCUCUUUGCAUAUGUGUCUACUUAUUAUACACACAUAAACAUUCGUGCCCACUUUACCAUUUUGUUUUUUUGAGGGUACACAAAAAUAAAGUGCCAAAAAUGGUGAAAGAUUUAUUCUGCAAGAAUUGGCACCAUUAAAGAUUGAUUCUUUACAAGUUCCACAGAGAUUCUUGCAAAGGGUGUGCCUCAAAAUGGUGUAAAAAUAGGAAUUUGGGUAUAAAGAUUGAUUCUUUACAUCAAAAUCUUGAAAAUUGGUGUAAAGAUUAGGACUUUGGGUAUAAAGAUAUAAAGGGUAUAAGCAUUUGCUCUAAAAAAUGGGAUCUUAUCAAUUAAUUAGAGAGAAAAAAGGUAUUAAUGAUGCAAGAUUAAGAUGGGAUCCACAACAAGGUGAUGUUCAAAUUCAAUCAGAAACCAAGAAUUUGUCACCUAGUAGGAUUGAGGUUAUUACAAGUGAAUCAACAAAGGAUAAUGAUUUGGAAUUAGCUUUUCAGAAAUUUGCUGUAUCAUCACCAAUAUCUCCAUUGUCUACUACAUUGCCUAAAUCAAGUGGUGAUCAUAUUGGUAAUCACCAUUUUCGUAAGGCUAAUAAGAAUGGUUCUAAUGGUCGCCUUCUUUCUCUUGACAUUUUUCGCGGGCUCACUGUUGCGUUAAUGAUAUUUGUGGAAUACGCCGGUGGACUUUAUCCUGCUAUCAAUCAUUCACCAUGGGAUGGUAUAACCCUGGCAGAUUUCGUCAUGCCAUUUUUCCUCUUCAUUGUUGGAGUAUCACUUGCACUUGCAUACAAGAACAUGCCCUGCAGACUGACUGCGACUAGAAAAGCAGUGCACCGCGCACUUAAGCUUCUCAUCCUUGGACUCUUUCUUCAAGGAGGCUAUUUUCAUGGUAUAAAAAAUCUAACUUAUGGAGUGGACGUUGAGAGAAUCAGAUGGACGGGUAUAUUGCAGAGAAUUGCAAUAUCAUUUUUGUUGGCAGCAAUGUGUGAAAUCUGGCUUAAGGGUGAUAAUAAAGUCAAUUCAGGACAAUCUUUGUUGAAGAGAUACCAUCAACAAUGGGCCAUGGCUAUAAUGGUUACUGCUUUAUACCUUUCUUUGUUCUACGGUUUAUAUGUUCCUGACUGGGAGUAUCAGAUGCCAAUGGACAGUUCUUCUUUGGAAGCAAAGAUAUUCACAGUGAAAUGUGGUGUACGGGGAGACAGUGGACCAGCAUGUAAUGCUGUCGGAAUGAUCGAUCGAAAAAUAUUGGGUAUUCAACACUUAUAUACAAGAGCCAUAUAUGGACGAUCAAAAGAGUGUAGCGUCAACUCUCCUAACUACGGUCCCCUUCCUCUCGAUGCUCCAUCAUGGUGUCAAGCCCCUUUCGACCCAGAAGGACUUUUGAGUUCAUUAAUGGCUAUUGUAACUUGCUUCAUCGGUUUGCAUUACGGGCACAUCAUUGUCCAUUUCAAGGAUCAUAAAGUUAGAAUUCAGCAAUGGCUGAUACCAUCAUCUUGUCUCGUACUGCUAGGUGUAACAUGUGACUGCCUCGGGAUGCAUGUAAACAAGGUUUUGUACUCCUUCAGUUAUAUGUGUGUUACUGCGGGUGCUGCUGGCUUUCUCUUCACUGCAGUCUAUAUGAUGGUUGAUGUGUGGGGAUAUAGACACUGGAGCACAGUACUGAAAUGGAUGGGAACGAACGCAUUGCUGAUUUACGUUCUUGUAUCGUGCAACAUCCUUCCGGUUAUUUUGCAGGGAUUCUAUUGGAGGCGGCCUGAUAAUAACAUUCUCACAAUGAUUGGUAUCGGACCUAAGAAGUAGAAGACAAAUAAAUGGGCAUGCUGAGGCGCUAAAGCAUUUGUCACCAAUGCUCGAUAAUUUUUUGCGGAAGUGAGCUUUAGAGCUAGUACGAGGCAAAUCUUUCCAACUUACGCGUGACACUCUCUAUAUGUAAAUUUAUGUAUAUGUAUAAUUGACUAUGAGUGCACAAAACACACACACACGACGACAUAUUUUAUUAGCUCGAUCAAUUGACAGAAAUGCGGUUUUAUGAAUGAGAAAUCUGCUCAUAGAAGCAGCAGAGGUAUUACCUCAGGACGAUGGAGAUAUUCUCUAUGGAAACUGCAGUAGUUAGUUGUAGGUCAUCCAAUGAUAUUGGCUCUCAUUAUACUACUUCUUGCUGUAUUGAAGGCCAUAAACAUUUUAAUCCCAGACUAGUUGGGACCGGUUAUAUGAAUCAGUUGUUAUCUA